AUGCAACCCAGUGACGCCGUGACAUACUUGCUCCCAGCCAACCCGAGACGUCCUGUGCCCAGCGACACCACGCGCGACCAGACGAGGCCUAAGAAUCCCGCACGCUGUGACGCUCCAGCAACCAGACAACCCUCGACGACCUCGAACAGUGAGUUUCAAAAAAGGUUUCUAGUAAAGAAGAUAGCUUGCGUGGUCAAGGAAUGGGGGAAGGGAAUGCCUCAACUAGAGAGUUCUGAGGCUGGGAAGGAUAUUGAAAGCACUGCAGUUAUUUCACCUCAAGAUUUACCUCUAAUAAUGUCACCUGCCCUGGGCUCUGAUGACCAACUUGUUGAAGUAGCAAUACAACCAAUGUCUAUAGGUCAAAGAGUUGAUCAAAAAAGGAGGAAAACUAUACCUAGAAAGCCUAAAGCUGUUUUCUCAAGUGUCCCAGAGGACAUGGUAGUUGAGGCUACCACUGCUCAUGUUGACAACUCUGGGUCUAAAAAGAUUUUAAGCAAGAGAAAUUAA